GUACACGUGAGAAAAAAAAUUUUUCAGAAUUUGUGACAAUACGUUUUGUUUUUUAAUCUAAUUAAUUUAAUUAAUUUAAUUGUGUUUAUUCUAAUUGUUUUGAUUAAACAAUUUCAUCAUGAGUGGUCGUUUCUUCAAAGGAGUCUCCGACUCGGAGACUGAGUCUUCGGAGGCCGAAUCAGAUAUUUUACCAUCCCGUCCGUUGGCUGUUACCUCAGCUUUCCCUGUUAGUGAUGAAGAGGAAGAGUCAAAGCGAGUUGUUCGUACUGCUAAGGAAAAACGGUAUGAAGAGCUUAAUACAAUCAUCAGGCAAAUCAGGAAUCACAAAAAGAUCAAGGAUAUUUCAAAAAUGCUCAGUGGAUUUGAAAAUUUGACUCGUGCCUUUCAAAAAGCUAAACUGGUCAUUGAAAGAGAUGAAAACAACAAGAUACCAGCUUUCUAUUUGAAGUGUUUGGUUGAAUUGGAACAAUUUGUCCAUGAAACAUGGGAGGAUAGAGAAGGUCGUAAAACUAUGUCCAAACAAAAUUCCAAAUCUUUGGCCACUUUAAGACAAAAGUUGAAAAAGUAUAACAAAGACUUUGAAAACGAGAUUAACAAAUAUAAAGAAAAUCCAAUUGAUGAUGACAAAGAGGAAGAAUCUGAAGAAGAGGAAACAGAUGAAAGUGAUUCUGAUGAUGAUCAAAUGAAUUUUCUUAAAAAACCCUCGGAAAAGGAUAUGAAAGAUGAAGCCAAGGAGGAACUCAAAGCUGCUAAGGAUGAUGAAGAUGACGAUGAGAGUGACGAUUACUGGCAAGGUGAUUCUGAUGACAGUUCACUUUCUAGUGAUGACGAAAAGUAUGGUGGCAAUCGGGAAAAUGUUUUCGAAAGAGAUAUCGACAAAACCAAAGGACCUGCUAAACGAAGAAGAAAACCCAAAGAAGGUGAUAAUCGUAAACAGCGUAUGUAUGGAGAUGAAGAGGAACAAGAUGAGGGAAGAUGGAAAGAGGUAUCAAGAGGUGGUAUUCUAGGUGAGAAGCCGAAAAUGUUCAGUAAAGGAGAAGUAAAUCAUCAAUCAGUUAUCAAGAAAUUACUUGAAAUUCUUGCCAUGAGAGGUAAAAAAAGGAUCCAUCGUAGUGAUCAGAUUGAAAUGCUUGUUGAAUUACUGGAAAUUUGUGCUUUCCAUAAAUUGGGCCCUGCAAUGGACACUAAAAUUAUCCUCGGUAUUAUCGCUGCUCUCUUUGAAUACAAUCCCAAUGUCUCACCUUGUAUGAAGUCGGAAAAUUGGCAGAAAUGUCUUAAAUUUGCCAAUGCAUUGUUCGAUAUUCUAUUAGAGAAUCCAGAGAUUGUUGUUAGUGAAAAUAUCGCUGAAGAAUCUGAAAGUUUCUCUCUUCCCUCUUACCGUGUUCAUGGAUGUGCACUAACCCUUGUUGAAAAAAUGGACGAAGAAUUUACCAAACUUCUUCAAGCGGUUGAUCCUCAUUCACCUGAUUAUAUUGAAAGGUUAAAAGAUGAGAAAAAUAUUUGCACAAUCAUUGAGAGACUUCAAACUUACCUUGAAGCCCAUCAGAAAGGUACAUCUUCUGAAUUGUGUCGAGCCUACAUUUUGAGAAUUGAUCAUCUUUACUUUAAAUUUGAUCCACUUGUAUUCAAAAAGCGAGAGCAAAUCCAAGCAAAACAGAAGAAUGGAAAUCUUGUCAAUGGUGAUUCUGAUUCUGAAGUUAAACAAGAAGAAGAGAAAAAAGAAACUGCUCCUGGUGAAACAGAAGAGAUUAAACCUGAAGAAGCUGAAAUUGGAGAGACAAGUCUUGAAGUUAUUGAUCGACUUUGCAAAUUUAUCUACGCUAAAGAUACAACCGAUAGGUUGAGAACUCAGGCAAUUUUAUGUCACAUCUAUCAUCAUGCUCUUCAUGACAAUUGGUUUGAAGCUCGUGAUCUUAUGCUUAUGUCUCAACUUCAGCAUAAUAUUCAAAAAGCCGAUAUACCUUUACAAAUCAUUUAUAAUCGAGCCUUAGUUCAACUUGGAUUAUGUGCAUUUCGACAUGGUAACAUUCGAGAUGCUCAUCAAGACCUAUUGGAUAUUCAAUUUUUCGGACGUGCCAAAGAACUUUUGGCCCAAGGGUUAUUACCCAAACCGCAAGAGCGAACUCCCGAACAAGAGAAAAUGGAGAAACGUCGAUUGUUACCAUUCCAUAAGCACAUUAACUUAGAGUUAAUUGAAUGUGUCUAUUUGGUUUCAGCGAUGCUUUUGGAAAUACCCGAUGUGGCUGCGAAUGAAUUUAGUGUACGAAAAAAGGUCAUUUCUCGUUCGUUUUACAAUCAAUUGAGGAAAAAUGAAGAGCAACCAUUAGUUGGUUUACCUGAGUCAAUGAGAGAGCACGUUGUUGCUGCUUCAAAGGCAAUGAGAGUUGGUAAUUGGAAAGCAUGUAGAGAUUUUAUCAUCAAUGAUAAAAUGAACACCAAAGUUUGGAAUCUAUUCUAUCAGGCUGAUAAAGUACGAAACAUGUUGGUCCAAAAGAUUCGAGAGGAAUCUCUUCGUGCUUAUUUAUUCACCUACAGCCAUGUUUACGAUGUCAUCUCGCUGUCAACUCUCAGUGAAAUGUUUGACCUGGAAACAAACAUCGUCCAUAGUAUUAUUUCAAAAAUGAUAAUCAAUGAAGAAUUGAUGGCUUCUCUUGAUGAACCUACUCAAACCCUGAUCAUGCAUCGUACUGAACCCUCACGAACUCAAGGAUUAGCUUUACAAUUGGCUGACAAGGUAACCAAUUUGGUUGAUCAAAAUGAAAGACUUUGGGACUUUAAAUCAACCGGAUCAUUUGGACAACAACAACGAACUGGUUAUCAGAAUCGUAAUCAAGAACAUCAGAACAAGAAUUACCAAGAAUACGGUCAAAGACAAGAGCGAAAUAGAGACAAUAGAAGAUCAAAUUAUCACCGAAACAACAACAAUAACAAUAAUAACUCUAAUUCUAAUAAUAAUAGAGAAAACAGUAAAAACCACCACAAUAGCCACCAUAAUAACCACCACCAUAACCACAACAAUAAUAGUAACAACAAUUGAUUUCAAUCGAUAAUUAAUCAAACAAAAAAAAACUGGAUAAACAUUCAAACUUAACGUAAAUCAAUUUCAGCCAACACAAUUAACUAUCUAAACAAAUCUUUCUGGGAAAAAAUGACUUUCGCAUUAAAAUUUUCCAAUUGCUGUUUUUUUCUUAAAAACAA